AUGGCACCCUACAAACAAUCGUUAUUCACACUUCUCUGUCUUUUCUUCUCAGUUUCACUGCAGGGGCCUUUACAGCCAUCUCGUAAAGAUGAUGGUUAUCAAAAACUGCCUGCUGUUGCUGCAACGAGCGGAUUGGUUGCGCGGGAUCGACGGCCGGUUCCAUCACUAGCACAACUCGGUUGCGAUGUCCAAGCGACCGGCAACGGGGACUGGAUGGAGGUUGGACAUGGCAGCGACUUUGUGAUGCAAGCUCGUGUCAACGGUGACACUGUGUAUCGUAAAUAUGCUGAGCACACCAACCCGGGACGACGACUUGUCAGAGCACGAGAUGUUUUGAUGGCGUUUUGGAAGGACUAUUCGAAUGAUGCGGUAGGGAGUCUACGUCACAUUGAAUAUCAAGAUAUGGCCAACAAGGACACACUUCGAGCUAUUGCUUACGUUCAACCGUGGAACGACGUGGCUGCAUUCGACUACUUGAAGCAGAAAUCUCCUCACGCAAGUGGCUCGAGCAAGAUUCCCGACGAGUUCCAAGAGUUUGACAGGCUCUAUGUUUCUUCAUUCGAUUGGUCUGACGGUGACGAUGAUAUGGACGAAUCCUGGUUCCGAGUCAAUUUCAGGAGCUAUGAUGAAUAG